GGUUCGGACAAUAUUGUAAAAAAUGGAAUUUUUAUUUCAGAACUUUUGUUUGAUAGAAUGAUAAAACUAAAGGUAAAAUACAGGCCUUUAAUGCUCUAAAACGUGAUACAUUUUUUUGAACUUUAUAAUUCUUAUUUUUUAAAUUAUAUAUUGUUUAUAUUAUGUAUAAUGUAUCUGGAUUACACCUUUCGAUGCCUUUCUGCACUUUUCUGUGCUUUCGACACUGACGCAUGUGUAUGUACAAUAAAAUUUGAGGUUAUGAUUAUAUUAAACCACCGUAAUCUCAUCAUACUUGUUUUUAUUAAUAUAUUAUAUGUACUGUAAUAUUUAUCGUGAUAUUUUAAGUGUUAAUUAAAAACGCUUCUCCGCGAAAUGGGACGUAUUCGACGUAAAGGAAUACUAGAUACUAAGAGCAAGAUCAAAGGGUCUAAAUUAAUACAGAAAACACGCAAACAGUUGCGUAAAGAGAAGAGGCAACAAAAAAAAAUAAAUAAAGCAGCGUAUUAUGAAAAGAAAAAAUUGAAAAAUCAAUCGGAGACAAUAUCGAGAAAUGACGAUGAUAGAUCGAUGAAAGAGAACAGUGAUAUCAAGCAAGUGUCACCAAUAAAAAUACAGAAAAAACGACAAAGGCCCAAAGAUACGAAGGAAGAAAAAAUGCAGAAGAAUGUAAAGAAGCAAAGGAUGGUACAAUUAAAACGAGCCAAUCUGGAAGAAGACAAGAUGAUUAAACAGUUAGAAAAGCAGUUGAAAUUAAACAAACGAAAAAGCAAAUCUGUUCCAAGGUCUUUUAUAUCAGAUGGAUUAGAUUAUCUUUUGGAUUUUUGUGAUUCAGAGAAUAGAAGUCACAUAGUUGAAACUGAAAAGCAAUUGUUAGAAACUGGAUUUAGUAGAGACUUUGAAGAGGAUUUAAAUAUGGCUAUUGGUAAGGAUGAUAUGGAGAAUGGAGAUGAAAAACAUGAUGCAGAAGAUCACAUAAAUGAUAAUGAACUUUCUGAACAAGGUGAUAAUAAAGAUUUUGAACAAGACGAUAAUGAAGAUUCUGAACAAGAUGAUAAUGAAGAUUUUGAACAAGAUGAUAAUGAAGAUUUUGAACAAGAUGAUAAUGAUGAUUCUGAACAAGAUGAUAAUGAAGAUUCUGAACAAGAUUCAGAAAAUAAAAGUCUGUUAUCUGUUGAAAAUUUAAUCGAAGAUAACGAAGACAUUUUUUCAGAAGGGACAAAUAUGAUAAACAUAAAAUCUAAAAAAUAUGAACCACAUGAGAAAGAUGAAACAGUAAACAAAAAGUCAAGUUACAGUAACGUAUCAGAGCAAUCAGAUAAUAAUGAAGACCUAUGGGAAGACAUUUAUGGUAGGCAGAGAGAUAAACAAGGCAACAUUGUAUCAAAAAAAUAUGUACCACCUGCAGCACGCAUUACAAGUAGUAAUAUUUCUUCUGAUGAUGAGAAAGUUCGGAGAUUAGAAAAACAGAUAAAAGGUAUUUUAAAUAGAUUAGCUGAGCAAAAUAUGCACACCAUUGCAAACCAGGUAGAAGAAAUGUAUAUGUCAAAUAGUCGUAAUAAUAUGAAUGUAAUAUUGUCCAAACUAAUGAUGGAAAGCAUUAUUGCACCAAUAUUAACUCCAGAUCGACUUAUUUGUGAACAUAUGAUGUUAAUCGCUAUACUACACGCAAAUGUUGGUACAGAAGUUGGCGCGCAUUUCUUGCUGGCUAUUGUAAAAAGGCUUCACCAUAUGUUGGAAGAAUUUCAUAAUGUUGAAAAUAAGGAAUUGGAUAAUAUAAUUCUUAUGAUUUCACAUCUCUAUAAUUUCAAGGUAUACGGUCAUCGUCUCUUGUAUCAAAUAUUAGAAAAACUAGCAGCAAAAUUUACAGAAAAGGAAAUUGAAUUAAUUUUAUUGAUCUUAAGGACAGUGGGUUUUCAAUUAAGGAAAGACGACCCAAUCGCUUUAAGAGAACUUAUAUUAAAUUUGCAGCAAAAGGCAAAUAAUGCUACUCUAGAAAAUUCAAGAGUCAAAUUUAUGUUAGAUGUAUUACUGGCAAUAAAAAAUAAUAACAUGAGCAAAAUACCUCAAUAUGAUCCUUCUCAGAUAGAACAUUUGAAGAAAAUUCUAAAGAGCUUUAUUCAUAAAGGCAGUAAUGUUACACAGUUUAAUGUAUCUUUAGAAGACUUAUUAGAAGCUGACGAAAGAGGAAAAUGGUGGAUAGUAGGGUCAGCCUGGUCUGGUCUUAAAGAUAUUGGUAAAUUAGAAAAAAAUUCGGAAGACAAGAAAAAAACGUACAGUGAAGAUAUAUUGGAAUUAGCUCGAAAACAGAGAAUGAAUACUGAUGUCAGAAGAGAUAUCUUUUGUGUACUUAUGACAGCUGAAGAUUAUUUAGACGCAUUUGAAAAACUCCAUCAUCUUGGUUUGAAAAAUCAGCAACAGAGGGAAGUAAUUUAUGUUAUUUUCAAUUGUUGCAUUCAAGAAAAGAAGUUUAAUCCUUAUUAUGCUGUAUUGGCGCAAAAGUUAUGUGAUUUUGAUAGAAAAUAUCAGUUAACUAUACAAUAUACAUUGUGGGAUAAGUUGAAGACAUUGGAUGAUUUAAAUACGAAACAGUUAACAAAUCUGGCAAAAUUUUUGACUUUUCUAUUCUUAGGCAAAGGUCUUCCUCUUUCUGUUUUAAAGGUGAUUCAAUUCAUGGAAUUAGACAAAUUAACCAUGAGACUUGUACGACAAAUCAUGCUGGGGAUAUUAUUACACGAGAAUGAGGAGACCUGUCUGGAAGUAUUUGGAAGAAUAUCUUUAUCUCCAAAAUUGCAAACUUUUAGAGAAAGUCUGAGAUUAUUUAUAAAUCAUUUUCUUGUAAAAAAUAUUUGUACUGCUGAAAAUAUGCAAGAACGUAGUGAACUAUUAAAGAAACGUGCAGCAUGUGUAGAUAAACUUUUAAGUACACGAGAGUCAAAACUUAUAUUUUAAUUAAUAUUAUAAUUCAUUUUUUUAUAAUGUGUACAUACAAUAUAUAUUUUAUAUAUUAUGUAUAUAUUAUAUAUAAACAACUAGAUAUAAAUAUAAAAAGUA